AUGGUGUACCGCCUCGCCGUGCAGAUUACCAAGAACCAUGCUGAUGCUGACGAUGUGAUGCAGGAGACCUUUAUUAAGGUUUACCGCUCAAUUCACACGUUCCGGAGAGAUGCCGCCUUUGAGACAUGGCUCUACCGGAUAGCCGUGAACGAGGCACUCAAUUUCGUCGGGCGUAGAGAACGGCAGCGCGAAACCACAAUUGAGAGAACGCCAGAAGCGGAAUACGAGGUGUCUACCCGCUACCGGGCGCAGCUUGCAAAUGACCCGCACGCACAAGCAGAAAAAGCAGAACUCCGGCAAUACGUCACAGAGGCAGUCAACAGUUUGCCGCUUAAGCAUCGGACAGUGGUGAUCCUCCAUGAAUUUGAGGGGUUAACGCACGCCGAGAUCGCUUCAAUCCUUAACUGCUCCGAGGGGACAGUCCGUUCUCGGUUGCACUAUGCACGCAAGAAGCUCCGAACUUUACUCAAACCCUACAUGGAAGCGAGUGCGAUUUAG